UGUUAAGCAAAUAUACGGUUAUUUUAAUGGUAGCCAUGGAAGAAGACUAUUCUUCUGGUUCUUCGAGUCUCGUUCUGAUCCAGCCCAGGACCCGCUCGUCCUAUGGCUUAAUGGUGGCCCUGGCUGCAGCAGCAUGACAGGACUCUUCCACGAGAAUGGACCAUGCAAGGCUAAUGAUGAUGGAACGGAUACCGAGCUCAACCCGUAUUCUUGGAAUACGCGAGCCAAUCUCCUCUUCGUUGACCAGCCUGCUGGAGCAGGAUUCGCUGACGGACCACUCGUGACGAAUGGCUCCUUCGAGGCAGCUGACGACUUGUACAUGGCCCUACAGGAAUUCUUUGCUAAACAUAAGCAAUAUAGAGAUAAGGACUUCUACAUUACCGGGGAGUCGUAUGCUG